AUGAGCAUCACAGACCUGCUCAGUGCUGACGACAUCGCUGCCGCCCUGCAGGAAUGCCAAGACCCAGAUACUUUUGAACCCCAAAAAUUCUUCCAGACAUCAGGCCUCUCCAAGAUGUCGGCCAGUCAGGUGAAGGAUGUUUUUCGGUUCAUAGACAAUGACCAGAGUGGAUAUCUGGAUGAAGAAGAGCUCAAGUUUUUCCUGCAGAAGUUUGAGAGUGGUGCUAGAGAACUGACUGAAUCAGAAACCAAGUCCUUGAUGGCAGCUGCUGAUAAUGAUGGAGAUGGAAAAAUUGGGGCUGAUGAAUUCCAGGAAAUGGUGCAUUCUUAAAAGCCCCAGUCUAUGGAGCUAGAGACAACCAGCUGGAAGGCCUCCAAAGCCCAGGAAUGGGAAACCCCAAAUCUUUCCCCUA